GCGAUUAUCAUUCAGACUAAGUUAUUGUUUUUGCUGAGUUGUUAUAUUUAUAAUUUUAAAGUCUUUUGUUUUGAGUUAUUUUGACUGACAAGGGUACAUUUGGACAUUGAUCUUUUGACCGCUGUCACCCGCGUAUUUCGAGAUCCUGCACGCAAUAUCUUUUUCCAGUGAGUCAAGAUGCAGAUUUUCGUGAAGACACUUACGGGAAAAACAAUAACCCUUGAAGUUGAGCCUGCUGAUACAAUAGAAGCAGUUAAGGCGAAAAUUCAAGAUAAAGAAGGCAUUCCGCCAGACCAACAACGUCUAAUUUUUGCUGGCAAACAACUGGAAGAUGGACGAACUCUUUCCGACUAUAAUAUACAAAAGGAAUCAACGCUUCAUCUUGUUCUCCGUCUUCGUGGUGGUAUAAUAGAGCCUACCCUGAAGGCAUUAGCUCAAAAAUAUAACUGUGAAAAGAUGAUCUGUCGAAAAUGUUAUGCACGUUUGCAUCCGAAGGCCACUAAUUGCCGAAAAAGGAAGUGUGGACACACAAGUAAUGUAAGGCCCAAAAAGAAACUUCGUUAAUCCAUAAUUAAAGCGAAUAAAUUUUCCUCGGAUUC